UUCACAGUGCGUUCAUUCGGAUGGAUCCAUUACUCUGGGAGAAAAUUAAAUCAGUGUUUACGCACUUCUGAAUUCUGAUGGCAAACAUCGCUCGAAGAGAUUGACAAAAUAAUACCUUUGUAGACAGUGAGACAGAUGCGAGAGACACUCUGACUGCAGCCAAGAAUGUGAUAAAUUUUGGACAUUGUUGUUAAUCGCCGCUUUAAAGUGUUUUUACGAUUACUCUGGAACGAUCUAGUUCUUUGUUCUUACUUUGCGGUUUUGGCCAUUUCUGGAGGAGUGCUGCCUUAUACUGCAUGUGCACAUCUGCAGUUACUGCCCCAAACUGGAAUAUUGACAAUCAACUUUAAUCCUCUUUGGAGCUUCUGAGAAUCAUGCCAGUAGGCAAGCAGAAUGCAGCAGCGGUAACGCAUGUUAUUGGUGGUCGACGCAUCGAAGAAGCGUCUGGUGAAGGGCCAUCUGGUGAUCCUUUAGAUCGGGAUGACAAUUCAUCCAGCAGCUCCCGACCUCCUGAUGCCAGUAAACUGCGGAAGAGUGCAUCGGCUAUCAGCGCUACAAAAUCAGCUUCUCCACAAAAAGCGGUCCAGACCAAGAAAGACGCUCCACGUUCUACUGAGGUAGCGAAGAAGAAAACGCAGGUUCGGAAAAGGAUUCCAAAGAAUAAUUCAGCUAGAGCCAAACGUACAGCGGCCGAAGUUGGUUCGGAAUCGGAGACGGAUAGCGACGGCGUCAAGGAAAAAAAUACAAAGAAGAAGGUGAAACCCACGUUUGCUCGCAAGCAAGGAACACACGCUGACUCCAGUUCGGAUGCUGACUUUUCCGAAUUCAGUGAGGUAACGGAGCCGCCGAGCGAAACAACCAGUGGCGGAGAAGAUUUGGAGAGAAAAAGCGAAGAAGGCGGACCAAGCACCUCAGGUAAACCAUGUGAGUAUUGUGGCCGGAAGUUCACCUUCGUAAAUCGCCCAGGAGCAUCGGAUCGCUUUUGCAGCAAAAGCUGUUCUCGGCAGUACGACGGUGGUUUCACUUCGCGCAUAAAACCGGUUAAGCGAAAUCCAACAAAGACGCCAGCAUCGCCUAAAAAGAAACUCGGGCGUCCGUUCGGCUCAAAAAGCAAAAAAACUAAACCGUCUGCAGCGCGUAAGAGUGACCGUAUCAAAGAAAAGGAGCAUACGUUCCCUCCGUUUGCCGCCUAUUUCGGCGGCGAUGAUUCCAAUGACUCACUUGCAGGAGAGAAAGAAUCCCGUCCGGGAAAUGUUCCAUUUAAAAAAGGACCCACGACAUCCAAACACAAAACUCCUCCAGAAACGGAAAAACCCGCGAAAAAGGAAGAAAAUUCACCAGCAAAAAGCCAGCCUUCCGAGCGUGACUCCCCUGAAAUCCAUGCGCCUCCACCAUCGUCUUCGAAUAAUUCUUCCAUUGCUACCACCCCGUCACCUACAAAAAGUCCGGAAAAACUGGACGUUGAUGAGGCGAAAGAAAACCCAACAGGAAGGAGGAGCACUAAGCGCGCAAAAUCUGCUAUCGGGCAUCUGUCACCUAAAUAUCGCAGUUACGUCAAUGACAGACCGGAUAAUGUCAAAAUUCUCAUGACUGAAAAACCUCUGGUCAGCUGGGAUUAUUCAGACGUGGCCGCCUAUAUUGGAUCAGUGCCGGGAUUGGAAAAUUUAGCUAUUGUAAUGCUGACGGAACAGAUUGAUGGACAGUGCUUGUGUCUGUUCGACGACAACACCUGGAGAAAGGGAUUCAACGUAAAAAUGGGCCCAUCUUUAAAAUUAAGGAAAGCUAUCGAUAUGCUGAAAGAUCUCCAGAAAGACGAGGCUUUGAAAGCAUGGCACGAAGAGCGACCGGCGCUGUUCAGCGCUGCUGUUGCUCACUUGGAAGGGCUUCCUGCCCUGGGCUGACUCUGGUGCUGCAUGAUCUCUUGUAAUUCUGCUAUUUCUAUUUCUGUAACCCGUUAGUUGAUCGUUGCAUUCAAAUCUUUUACAUAAUGCAUGAAUAUUUGCAUGCGGCUUUGAUUUGUUUUAAAUUGUUAUUAUAUAGUCGUCAGCAGCCGUUGUUCCGGUCUGAUUUGUUUUAUAUGUUACUUAGGUUUCUUAAUGAUUAGCUUUGAUUUGUUUUAAAUUGUUAUUAUAUAGUCGUCAGCAGCCGUUGUUCCGGUCUGAUUUGUUUUAUAUGUUACUUAGCUCUGUUUAUCCGGUUACUGUAAAGAAGCUGAAAAUGUAAUCUUUCUGCCUGUCCUCCUAAAUAUUCUUUCCGUUUUAUUUGUGCAUUUUUUUAGUGUUUCAGCAGAAACACUUACGUACCUUCGUGAAUCGGUUAUUGAUGUAAUAGUACGGUAAUAUUACUUUAUGAGUGUAAUAAGGAAACCUCUAGUA